AUGGGCUUCGGCAGGUCGAGUUUAGAGACCACGUCCAGGGCCCUGGUGCCCAGCUCCGUCCUCACCACUACCCGGCACAGCUGCUGGAGGCUCAUGGGAGUUCCUGCGGACAGACCGGAAACUGCAGGUUUGGGCCAGCCUGGUUUGGGGCUGCGGAACUCCGUCAGAGUGCACCAGUUAAGAUGCACGAGACGGAUCUCCAUGUACAACGUGCCGUUUAGAGAAAUAAGGGCUAAAAACCUCGUUCUUAAAGAGAAGCUAUUCCGGAGUAUUAAGGACGAGCUAACAGACAAAUCCGUGCGAGGAAACGUUCUGGGUCACGUGACCUGGAGGAGUGAGGAGGGGGGGCUGCCCUUACCCCCCAUGCAGGCCUCGUGGAGGGGGGAGGUGGUGCGGGAGGUGAGGGUGGGGUUCACCCUGGCGCCGUGUUCCAGAAGCAUCCGCACGCUCUCCAGACUCCCUGCCGAACACGCCUCGCACAGCGGGGUGCUGCCGUCCACGUUCCGCGCGUCCACCUGGGGUGAUCGAGUCCACGGCCACAAUGUUGACGGAGGCUCCGCUCUGGAUGAGCUGCUGCAGCCUCUGGGCCUGGCCCAGGGAGGCCGCCUCGUGCACCUGGGUCCUCUCAGCCCAGCAGCCUGCCAGGGGAGACCAGGUCUGUUUCAGCCUGUGCCUCCAGACUCUAAAAUAUUCCUGAGCAGUAUUCUCCCCGUCCUGCAAAACUCGUACUUCCACGCUGACUCCAGGACGCGUUUCCGAUACAGUGGCGUCCACCUGGUCAACGGCGGCACGCAGAGGAAUGGCUACCAGGCCUUCCAUGCGGAGAAGCUGGAGGGGGGCUACACAGAGGAGGAGCUGGAAGAGACCUACGGCUUCCUGCUGUACGACCGGCAGGAGGAGGCGAAGGAUGUGUGUGAGAAGGGCCUGCGGAUUGGACACACGACAAGCUCCCUUCUAGGAGACCCCUCUAAAGGUGUGUACGCCUGGAAGCAUUCGGACUGCCUGGACCGCCGCUUCUGGUACCACGGCAGGUCCGGAUUCAUCGUCAUCCUGAGGCUGACCAAGGGCCGGGUGAGGCCGGUGCGGGAGAACCUCACCCAGAGCUUCACCGCUCCAACCGCCGGGUACGACUGCCACGUGUUGGAGCAGAGCACCGAGGAGCCCGGCCCCAGCUCCACCCCGCCCCACCAGCACCUGCAGUACUUCCUGUACGAGCUGUGUGGGCAGGGGGAGGCCGUGGCCACGCGCCCCAGACACGUCCUGCCGUUCGCCCUCGUGGGGUUCUCCUACGUCGACACCGCACCGGGCACGCCGGAGGACAGCGGUGCAGACUCCACGGUGUUGCAUUACCACCCGUGGAGAGGCCAGAUGCAGAUGCAGUCCCUGGUUUACCACGUGGGCCUGAGGUGCAACAGUGAGACUCUCACUCCGGCGCAGCUCCCCGCGGUGUUGGCGGUUGACCGGGCCAUGAGCAUGUUGGUGCUGAGGACGCUUUUCCCGCAGGAUGUCUUCGAAGCCCGUUCCGGCAGCGAAGUCUCCCUGGAGGGCAUGUUUUUCAGCCUGUACGAGGUGGUGACAUCAGUGCCCGAAGACUCCUCAUUGGCUGUGCUGACACAGGAGCUGAAAAAUAAGGGACUGGCCCUGGUUCUGCAGCUGAAUGCCGUCGGUUUCCUCGUGCUCUUGAGCUCCUCGCACUCUCACGCCUAUCCAGGAAACGCCGAGACUCUCCUGGCCAUGUUCGUGUUUCCCGACUCAAGAGCCGUGCAGGAAGGUUUGCAGAUCCUGAGAUCCAGGACCUCCCUCGUGCACAACACGCUGCAGGUCCUCCCAGGAUUGGACUACGCCGAGACCGAGGUUGACAAGUGUCCUCCGGAACAGCCGGGGGCGCUGUGUGAAAUGGUGGAGCAGCACCUGCAAAGCUACGCCGCCUUAAACCCGCCCGGGAGGGCAGACGGCGACGCCGGGGAGACCAGUUGCUUCCGGCAGCAAUAUGAGACCCCUGAGAUGCUGAACCACGUCUAUAGCGCCUUCAAGUGUGGGAAGGUGAAGCUGCAGCGUCUGCAGGCCUAUCUGGGCCACCCCGAGGCCUACACCCUGCCUAUGGCCAGAGCCAUGGGGCUGCUGGCAGUCAGACAGAAGGGGCGCAGACCCAUUCAGCCCGCGAAUAAGGCGGUUCGCCUUAUCUGUGUGCUCAGGGGCAGACUCACUGGCCCAAGGAGGCGUCACGGCGGGCACAGCAAGAAGAAAAAGAAAAAGAAGAAGAAGAAGAAGAAGGAGACGGAGACGGAGACGGUUACCCAGCCUACCGUUCAGACGAGCCUGGAGUGGGACGACGGGAUUGAGGAGCAGCCGGUCAUGAUGCUGCCGCUCCCUCCGCGGAGGAAGGGCUUUGGGUACGGCCUCAAAACCAUCGUCACCGACUGUGGGAGGGUGUUCGUCCCCCACGGCUCGGCGAUGCCCUCCGAGGACGUCGCGUCGCUGGCAGAGAGCCGUAGAGCUGCGCACCUGCGUGCCGAGAGGCUGGCGUGGGCUGCCACCCUGCCCACGGAGGCCGCUGGCCAGCAGGCCUCUAACACGGAGCUGCCUGAACCACAGGCCUCUAACACGGAGCUGCCUGCACCACAGGCCUCUAACACGGAGCUGCCUGCACCACAGGCCUCUAACACGGAGCUGCCUGCACCACAGGCCUCUAACACGCCGGUACGGGCCCUGUCCCGAGACCCCGCUGAGGGGCUGGAGACCGCGGUUCCAGCGGGCGCAACGGUCUCUCCUCCCGUGGAGCACGACAUCCUAAAGAGCGGUGAGCCUGAAAUAAUCCCUGCGAAGAACGCUGCCAAGGCUAGUGAAGGUUCGAAGCCCUUGAUAUCCUUCAAGGAACUGAGGACGGUGUUCCAGAAUAUAAAAAGGAAACUGAAAUGCCCAGACGGUCAGAGCUUGGGCAGGUUUGGCGGCGGUCUGGCGAACGGUGAGCCUCAGCAGAAGAAGAACAAGGACACGGAGAGCGAGUCGCGGGGCUCUGAGGUCAGCGAGGCCGUCUCUCCGAAGGGAACGAAAAUCGCUCCGCGGUCUUCCAAAACACAGUCGGGAAAACCGCGGAAGGCGGACAGACCGGAGGGAAUACAACUGAGGAGAGUCUCUCCGCGGAGGCUGGACCUCCGGAAGCGGUCCCUGCAGCCUGAGCAGCCUGACCAGCCUGACCAGCCUGACCAGCCGUCCCAGGCUCUGGAGAGCCAGGGCCCACCCACCGCCCACGCGAAACCGCCAAAGACCAAGCCGUUCAAAAAACAGCUCAGGAGCAGGAUUACUGAGAGCACCAAAGAGAAUAUCUCCAGUGACAGUCCUGCUUCCCCUAGCCGUGAAAGGAAAGGCCUGCCUCAGGAGGUGAGGGGUUAUAAGCUCCAGGUGUCCUCGGGUGAUGUUAGCCCUGUUUCGGAGCCGGAUUCCACCACUGACGCUCUCACCUUGCUGGCUGAUUUGGCCCUCGGAUCCGGUGGUGAGAGAACCCCGACAAACCUCAGUCCGACCCGUGAAACGAGUCCUGCCACUCUGAACCUCCCCCUCAGGUCUCCCAACCCCGAGGGCCUGGUAGUGGGUGGCAAGUUUAUUUCGAUCAUUUCCCAAGAGCACUCUUACUCAGGAACUGGGGGUACGCAGGGUGCGACCCAACCUUCUCCCCGAAGCGUCGCGGACACCUCGUCCCCGUCAGGUACGCAGGAGCCCCCGCCUCUGGGUCAGAACGCAGACGGCCCGAAAGUGACGACGCCCCAGCAGUGUCCCGUCGCAGAGCGGCGCAAGCGGGGUUCGAAAUGGGCCCGGAGCGUCGUCCACAUCGGCGACGCGAUCCGUGUGACGCGGCAGUGGACCGACAAGUACGAGUUCGGUCAGGACAGCAAGUACACCAACGAACCUCUGGUCAAAGCUGUGCUGCGGGCCUUGCACGGCCCGUGGGAUAGUGGCUGUGAGGAGACUUUCCAACAGACGCGUCUGAUCCUGCACACGUGGAUCGGCCUGUUCUACAGCAAGUCCACCACCAGGUUCUUCCCCGCUGAUCCCAAAGGGCCUCUUCCGGAGGGCCACGCCCUGACUCUGAAGGCCGGGAAGAAGUCGCAGGUUAAGGAGGCGUCGCUUGACACCUCGCCCAGCCCUGCGGGUCCUCGGGACCCCCCUGCUGCUCCCCAGCCUCUGGAAGAGGUGCUGGACCUGAGGGAGGACAGCAAGAAGGUGGCAGAUGCCUCGCCUCCUUGCUCCAAGGUGUUGGACCUGUCGAAGAAGCAUCCGGAGGCUUUGGACCUAAGUGCUGUUUCCAAGCACAGUGGGGAGGCAACAGCGACUCAUUGCAGCACCCAGAGAAACAUUCCUAAAAAUCCUCUGAUCCCUUUCCCCCCCCAAGCAGGCUACAGCUACACUAUCUUUUAUCCUGUUCUCUUAUACUCUACUUCUACGUGUUCUGAGUUCAGUCACAAGGGACACAGACCAAGCAUCGACAUCAUAUCAGAUGGUGGCAGCGAGCAGAUGGAUGAUGGCAGCAGUUGCCAAGAAGACGACAAUGAUGGGAACAGGGACUUGCUAGAGCCAGACCAGCUCUUGACUAAUGAUGAUGCUUGCGCUCAGAUGUGUCAGCACAUAGCAAGUUUGUACAUCAGCAAAGACAUGUUUCUCAAUGGAAGGCGCAGAGGUAGAAAGCUAAUGAGUGGUCGCGCCUUGCGUUCGAAGUACUCCCUGAGGUCACUUAACAGAGAAAGGGACAUUAGGACCAGCCGGACUAAAAGAGGCCCUCCCUGGAUACAGCCAAGCAGGUUUUCCUACAUCUGCCACACAGCACCUGAAGCACUACAGCUAAUCAGCCUCUGCCAAACAACAACUGGAGCAUUUCAAACAAAAAACAUCUGCCGUUCAGCAUCUAAGGCACUUCAGCCAAUCAGUGCCUCUGACCAUGAGUCGAAAGGAACUGUCGUUGCAGAAGGGCAUGAUGGGAAUGAUUUCAGUGAAAGGGAGACAUGCCCAGCAGUGCACGAUGGGAUUGAUUUAAGUAAAGAAAAGGCAUGCACUGCAAUGCAUGAUGGGAGUGAUUUCACUAAAGAGAACGCAUCCGCAGCAGUGCAUGAUGGGAAUGAUUUAAGCAAAGAGGACACAUCCACAGCAUUGCAUGAUGGGUGUAAGGGGAAUGCAUCCACAGCAGUGCAUGACAGGUGUAAGGAGGAUGCAUCUGCAGCAGUGCAUGAUGGGAAUGAUUUAAGCAAAGAGGACACAUCCACAUCAUUGCAUGAUGGGUGUAAGGAGAAUGCAUCCACUGCAGUGCAUGAUGGGUGUAAGGAGGAUGCAUCCACAGCAGUGCAUGAUGGGAAUGAUUUCAGUCAAGACGAUGCACCCACAGCAGUGCAUGAUGUGAUUGAUUUCAGUAAACGGAAACUAUCCACAGCGGUUCAUGAUGGGAAUGAUUUCAGCGAAGAGGACACAUCCACAGCAGUGCAUGAUGGGUGUAAGGAGGAUGCAUCCACAGCAGUGCAUGAUGGGAAUGAUUUCAGUCAAGAGGAUGAAUCCACAGCAGUGCAUGAUGGGAAUGAUUUCAGCAAAGAGGAUGCAUCCACCGCAGUGCAUGUUGGGAUUGAUUUCAGUAAACAGGAAGCAUCCACAGCAGUGCAUGAUGGGAUUGAUUUCAGUAGACAGGAAGUAUCUACUGUGGUGCAUGAUGGGAAUGAUUUCAGUGAACAGGAAGCAUCCACAUCAGUGCAUGAUGGGAUUGAUUUCAGUAAACAGAAACUAUCCACAGCAGUGCAUGAUGGGACUGAUUUCAGUAAACAGGAAGCAUCCACAGCAGUGCAUGAUGGGUUUGAUUUCAGUAGACAGGAAGUGUCUACUGCGGUGCAUGAUGGGAAUGAUUUCAGUAAACAGGAAGUAUCCACAGUAAUGGAUUAUGGGAAUGAUUUCAGCAAAGAGGAUGCAUCCACAGAAGUGCAUGAUGGGUGUAAGGAGAAUGCAUCCACAGCAGUGCAUGAUGGGAAUGAUUUCAGCAAAGAGGAUGCAUCCACAGAAGUGCAUGAUGGGUGUAAGGAGAAUGCAUUCACAGCAGUGCAUGAUGGGAAUGAUUUCAGUCAAGACGAUGCACCCACAGCAGUGCAGGAUGUGAUUGAUUUCAGUAAACGGAAACUAUCCACAGCGGUUAAUGAUGGGACUGAUUUCAGUCAACAGGAAGCAUCCACAGCAGUGCAUGAUGGGAUUGAUUUCAGUAGACAGGUAGUAUCUACAGCGGUGUAUGAUGAGAAUGAUUUCAGUAAACAGGAGGUAUUCACAGCAGUGCGUGAUGGGAAUGGUUCCAGUGAACAGGAAGCAUCCACAGCAGUGCAUGAUGGGAAUUAUAUCAGUAAAGGGAAGGAACACACAGCACAUGGGAGUAAAGAGGGGCCAUUCACACCAGUGCAUGAUGGGAAUGAUUUGGAUGAAGAAUUCAAAGCAGACCUUGAUGAGAAUGUCACUAAAGGGGAGGAGCACAAAGCGGAUUUAAAUGACAUAAUUGAUGGGAGCGAUAGCAGUGGAGAAGAGAUGGCCGCAGCAGUGUUUGGUGGCAGGAGGGAUUCAGUUACCGAGAUGCAAAUGGAAUUCUCUAAUGGGGAUGAGUCCAGCAACGUCUCGGACUUGGAGGAAAGUGUGAAUAAAAUUCGAAGUCCUACCCCGAUACACGACGAAUUGCCUUCCGAGCUCAACCUCUACCUAAGCGGCAGCCAAAGUGGGACCCCGGCGUCUGACGGCAGCAGCUCUAACAGUGGCAGCAGAAGUGUCACCCCAACGCAGGAUGAGUUGCCUUGUGAUCCUGAAUCUUACGGGUACAGUAGCUGCUCUCCAACGACAGAAGGUCUGUUGGGCAGUGGGGUUGAUCCUCUUGGCUCAAACGGCAACGAUGAAUCCUCCGCUUACCUGCCACAGUGUGGCGCUGAACCUUGUCCCGGCGGCACGCUCGUAUGCACGCAGGGACCGCCGUCCCCUCUGGGCGCACCCUUCUCCCGCGACAGCCCUGCCUCACACCCCGGCUCAGAGGACAGUCCCGAGCCCCAGCCUCUCUCUGAAGACGAAUACAGCUUCACCAGUAGCGCAUCCUCUGAAGAGGUCUCGCAUUGCACCGACUCCCAAUCCGUUCUCGCCGACGUCUUCAGGCCGCACAGUCACACAGCUGACGAAGAAAGGAUGACUUUAUCCGAGGGGAACUGUCUCCCUCAGGAACUGUCAAGUCCUGACUCGCUACACAGAAAUAGCAAAGCCAGUAGCCAAAGCGAACCUACGGAAGAUGGCCAGAGCCCCAAACACGGUGACCUCAGCAGUAGCAGCCUUGUGUCUGAAGCAAACCCUCAGUAUGGGGCUGUCCUUCCAUUGAAGGAUGACUCCUUAAUCAGUCAAAGUGAACCAGCAGGUUCUAGUGACAAAGCCGCAAACGCUGAUGGUGAUUAUGGUCGUGAUCCUAAGAUGGCCCGACACGGUCAGCCCACCCAGUCCUUGCAGUGGGGUUGUCUCUGCCGAGCGUUUCUCGUCUUGUCCAGCUAUUGGUGGUACAUCUUCAGAGGUCCCGAAACCCAUUGAGGACUCCCAG